UGGACAGCUCCUGCUGAACUGGAAUCAUUUCUCUUGCCUUCCAUCCAGGUCGGGACAGUGAAGAAUCUCUGAGGUACAGGAAUCUCCUUCCUUAUCAGGGUUACUUUCCUCUAUUUUUGGAAUCCCGGCCAUUCUUACAACCAUGGAGAGUAUGGCGGUGCUUGACUCUGUGGGUGUAGGAGACCUGGUGCUGUUGGAGCCACUGACUGAAGACACAUUGAUGCAGAACUUGAAGAAACGCUUUGAACAUCAAGAAAUCUAUACCUACAUUGGGAAUGUGGUGAUCUCCCUGAACCCAUAUCAGCCAUUGCCCAUUUACUCAGCAAAAACGGUGGAAGAAUAUAAGAACUGCAACUUCUUUGCUGUCAAACCUCACAUUUAUGCCAUUGCUGAUGAUGCUUACCACUCAUUGAAGAAUCAAGACAAAGAUCAAUGCAUCCUUAUCACUGGUGAGAGCGGGGCCGGCAAAACAGAGGCCAGCAAGUUAGUAAUGUCCUAUGUGGCAGCUGUAUGUGGGAAAGGGGAGGAAGUGAAUCGUGUCAAGGAACAGCUGCUACAGUCCAAUCCUGUCCUGGAAGCCUUUGGGAAUGCCAAAACCAUCCGCAAUGACAACUCCUCCCGAUUUGGAAAAUACAUGGAUAUUGAGUUUGACUUCAAAGGCGAUCCUCUGGGUGGUGUCAUUAACAAUUACCUGCUGGAGAAAUCCCGAGUGGUGCAUCAUGUGAGGGGCGAGAGAAACUUCCACAUCUUCUACCAACUCCUAUCUGGAGGCUCAGACCAGUUGCUCAAACAGCUGAAACUUGAAAGAAAAUUCAGCCUUUAUAACUACCUCAACAAGGAAGCUGCAAGCUUGCAGGGCAUUGACGAUGCAGCCAACUUCAAAGCUGUGCAG